GCUGAAGAAGGAACGCCUUAAGGCGGAGAUUACCCCGGCGCUGGGAAACCUAUGGGCAUUGUUGCAGGAGUUUGAAUAUUCUAAUUAGAGGAAACGCCAGUGACAACUUGACAAAAAUAGAGCCGAAGGUCACACUUCGCUGAGCCCGUUCCUGUCUUCUGCACUCGCGGCUCUUCUUCCUCCGACCGACUCGCUUCGCGGCAGGAUGGUGGUGGUGGUAUCCGGCGCAUUGUUAGGCGCCGCGCUCUUCACCCUCUUGGCUCUCGCCGUUUUCCACUUGCUCAGUAAUUACAUCCGAACGUGGAACAAACUAAAAUGCGUCCCCGGGCUUAGCCCGACUUUACCGAUAUUGGGCAACGCGCUACUCUUUAAACCCGGUGGCGAAGAAUUUUUUCGUCAACUGAUAGAAUUUACGACCCAAUUUAGAGAUCAACCAUUAAUGAAAUUUUGGUUGGGAACACUACCAUUUGUCGUGUUGCUUCAUGCAGAGACCGUGGAGGUAAUACUGGGCAGUUCCAAGCACCUUGAAAAAUCCUAUUUGUACAUAUUUCUUCAGCCAUGGCUUGGUACUGGAUUGCUAACAAGUACAGGAAAUAAAUGGCGUGCUCGGAGGAAGUUGAUAACUCCAGCAUUUCAUUUCACGAUUCUGACGGAGUUUGUUGAGGUUAUGAUCGAACAGACCAAUAUUUUGCUGGGAAAACUGGAGAAGAAAGUGGGAAAGGGACCUUUUAAUUGCUUCAAUGACAUUGCACUCUGUACUUUGGACAUAAUCUGUGAAACUGCCAUGGACAAGAAAGUCUAUGCUCAGAGUAACAGUGACUCGGAAUACAUUUAUGCAGUCUGCAAGAUGAGUAACUUGGUAUUCCGCAGGCAGAAAAUGCCAUGGUUUUGGCCUGACUUUACUUACAAUGCAUUUGGAGAAGGAAAGGAACAUGAAAGGGUUCUCAAAAUCCUACACACUUUCACAGAAAAGGUGAUUGCUGAGAGGUCUGAUAAGAUUGAGAAUUCUGAAGAAUUUCAGCGUUGCGGUUCCGAUUCAGACUCCGAUUUACAGAGCAAGAAGAAGUGUAAGGCCUUUCUUGAUGUGUUACUCAGUGCAACCUAUGAAAAUGGAGAAAAGCUGAGUCAGCAGGACAUUGAAGAAGAAGUGAACACGUUCAUAUUUGAGGGCCAUGAUACUACAGCUGCUGCAAUAAACUGGGCUCUUUAUCUCUUGGGGUCUCAUCCUGAUGUACUAAAGAAAGUUCAAGAUGAAUUGGAUGAUGUUUUUGGUAAUUCUGAUCACCCUCCUUCGAUGGAAGAUCUGAAGAAUCUCCAGUACCUACAGUGUGUUAUUAAGGAAUCUCUACGUUUGUUCCCUUCUGUUCCAAUUUUUAGUCGUACUUUGUUUGAGGAUUGCUAUAUUGGAGGGUUUAACGUACCCAAAGGAGUCAAUGCAGUAAUCAUUCCUUAUGCACUACACAGAGAUCCAAGGUAUUUUCCUGACCCUGAGGAGUUUAGGCCUGAGCGAUUUAUGCCGGAGAAUUCAAGUAAAAUGAAUCCCUAUGCCUUUAUUCCAUUCUCAGGUGGACCUAGAAACUGCAUAGGACAAAAAUUUGCAGUACUUGAGGAAAAAGUAAUCUUAUCAUCUAUUCUUCGACGAUUCCAAGUAGAAGCAAAGCAAAGUUCUGAAGACCUUCACCUUGUGGGAGAAUUAAUUUUGCGUCCACGAGAUGGUAUCUGGAUAGAACUUCAGCACAGAACAAAAUAAAUUUUGCCACAAGGAGCACACCUAGCUAUCACAAUGCCGGUUUGACUGAUGCAGGGAAAUUUAUAUAAUUUUCUUCUCCUUAUUACAGAACAUUAAUUUUAUAAAUAGAGAUAUUCCUUAGUGACUAUAUUUUUGCCUUAAUCUUAAUUUUUUCAAGUUUGUUGCAUUAAAGAGCAUUAUAAAUUUAGAAACUUUUUAUAUAAUUUCUCCGUGAAUGCUUUCUACAGCCUUCAUAGAAAAAAUGAUAACACUAAUUAUAUUUCAAUGAGCGUUAGAUUACUAAUCUCAGAUCAUAACGAAAGGGCAAAUAAAUCACACUGGUGGAGUUGAGGGAAAUUUUGUAUUUCUUAAUUGUAAAUAAAUGUCCCUUGCAAAACCCUUUGAGUUUAUUUUAUCGAUCUGUAAAGGUGAUUUGUUUUUGUGAUAACCCUAUUGAUUGAGACAAACAAUUGCUAUUCAGUACUUAGUAUAAAUAUAAAUUGCAAAUAAUGCAGAUGGAAAAUUAUAAUUUUUUUUUCUCUUUUUUGAUAAUAAAGUGCACUUUACAAUUAAACUGAAAAUAAAAGCACUAUGAAUAUAGUGAAGUAAUGAAGUAAAUGAAGAAAGCUUUUGAUGUGGAUUUAUUGCAAUAAAAAUAAAUCAAAAAGAAAAUUUUAUUUCAAACUUUACUUUGAAUGUUGGAAUUUGAACUUUACUUUGGCAGUUGAUCAAAGGCGAGCAAUAAUGAAAUAGGAGCCUGUCUCACAUUUUCUGUUUUUACCCAUUAAUGUCAAUGGAAAUUUAGGCACAGUACAGCAUGAAUUUUCACUUUGCAAUGUCUGUCCCGUGUCUCAACCUAAAUUUAUACCCCCGAGGUAUUUUCAAGAUUUUGAAUUUAUCUUGAAUGUUUAAGUAUGCUUUAACAGUGAGUUGGAUAAUAAAUAGAAUGAAUAAAGCAAGCUGUUUAUUCUGACAGGAGCCUAAAUCUGGAUUCUUAAGUAAGCCACUUUCCUUUUUGCCAGGUGGGUGUAGAAUAUUAAAUCAAGUCAAAAAAUACAGAAGAUUAGGUACAGAUGAUGGAAGUACAUAUUUAUAAAUGAAUACAUAUGAGAGUGAGGGGGAAAUUGUUUUUCUUUCAACUACUUCUAUGGUUUUCUGUAUUAUGGCUAUCUCCAGAUGUAUACUGCAUACAUACUUUGAUAAUAAAAUUAACCUUUGAUUACAAUUUAAGUGAAGUUGCUAAGUUAAUUCAAUCAAUUUCUAGAUCAGUAAGUAACGUAGUGAACACUUGAGGAUUUAUUUGCUACAUUUCUUAAUUUGACUACAACAAAAAAUGUGGAAUUCUAGAGUUCACUGUCAUUUAUUACAUGUAAGUUGGGAAAACAGACAGAAAGGUAAUGAAAUUCAUUAUACUGAUGGCAGUUGAAUUGUUUUGAGAAGAAUACAGUCCUGUUUAAUUCAACAGGGAGAAGCGUUAUUAGCGAACCUCUGUUCCUGAUAGACCAGGUGCAAAGUCCAUAAAACUUCGACUAAAGAGUGUUUGUUUUGUGUAAUAUUGUUCUACUAUUAUUACUGCUUGCAGAUUAAACUGGAUUUUGAAGAAAAAAAGUGAAUUUUGUUUCUAUAUUAAUCUUUUAAAAUGAUAGUGGGCAAGAAGCAUAUCAAUUUAAUUAUUGUUCUACAUAUUGUGAACAUUCUAUUUGAAGAUAAAAUCUAAGGACCAGAUUAGCUUUUAUGCAUUAUGCAUGUAUUUUCAGACAUUGUAUUGUGCUUUAUUGUUUUACAGAUCAUGAAUAUUUUUACAGAAAAUGUGGAUAAGAAUAAACUGAAUCAUAAUCUUUAAAGCAAAUAUAAUGUUAUGUUUGAAUAUCAAAAUAAAAAAAACUAUAGAUGUCAAAAGACAAAGCUGAAAGUACUCUGUAGGUCAGGCAGCUUCUAUGGAGAGAAACAGAUAAUGCUACACAUUAGCUACUCUUUAUCAUUACUGAGAAAAAAUGAAAGACUUUGUGAAUUAUCUUGUUUCCUCUCUUUCUCAGUUCUGAUAAAGGGCCUUCAACGUGUUACCUUGAUGCUGACUGAACUGCGGAAUAUUUCCAUCAUGUUCUGUUUUUGUAAUGCUACAUUUAACUCUAUUUCUAGCUUACCUAAAAAAAAUCUGUAGAAUGUUAAGAAGUUGCUUUAACUGAACCAGAAACUGAGUGAUCUGAAUGGAAA